AAGCUCCGACACGGGCGCUGCCCGCUGGGCCCCGGCGGCGGCACCGGGAGCUGCGCGGGUGCCCAUCCACCCGCCGUGCGGAGGGCACAGGAGCCGCGGGGAGCCGCGGCCGCCCUUCGCCAUGCGGUGACCGAGCGGCUCGCCCGCCAUCGGCGGGAAGAUGUCGCCCGGCUGCCCCGGAAGCGCUCGGGGAGGCGCCAACAUGGCGUGGCGGUGCUGGGCCCGCGCCGGGGCUCCGGGGCCGCACAGGCUGGCGCUGCUGCUGCUGCAGCCGCGGCGGGGUUUCCGCCGGGCGCGGCCGCGGCCCGAGGAGCCCCCGGCAGCCGCCGCCGAGGCGCGGCCCGGCCCGCCGCCGCCGCGCCGCAGCCUCUGCCCGCCCUCACCCACCGCCGCCGCCGGCCGCCCCUCGCCGCGCCGCCUGCUGAGGCCGCUCCUGUUCGCCGUCGGGUUCACAGGCUCGGCCUUCGGCUCCGCCGCCAUCUGGCAGUAUGAGUCGCUCAAGUCGCGCGUCCAGACCUACUUCGAGGAGGCUCGAGCGGACUGGAUGGAUAAAAUGCGGCCGCAGAAGAGAGGCGAGUUCAGAAAGCAGGUUAACAGCUGGUGGAAUAACCUGACUGAGGGUCAGCGGACUGUGACAGGUAUUAUAGCUGCAAAUGUCUUUGUAUUCUGUUUGUGGAGACUGCCUGGCAUGCGACGGAUUAUGUUUACAUAUUUCACCUCAAACCCAUCCUCCAGAGCCCUGUGUUCUCCCAUGCUGCUUUCUACGUUUAGUCACUUCUCCCUCUUCCACAUGGCAGCAAAUAUGUAUGUUCUGUGGAGCUUUUCCAGCAGCAUUGUCUCUCUUCUGGGCUGUGAGCAGUUCAUUGCAGUGUAUCUUUCUGCUGGGGUUAUCUCCACUUUUGUCAGUUAUGUUGCAAAAAUGGCCACAGGAAGGUUUGAACCAUCCCUUGGAGCUUCAGGAGCUAUAAUGACUGUCCUUGCAGCCGUGUGUACGAAGAUGCCAGAAGCAAAACUGGCCAUCAUCCUUCUUCCCAUGUUCACAUUUACAGCAGGAAGUGCUUUAAAAGCCAUAAUUGCAUUUGACACUGCAGGCCUUGCUUUAGGCUGGAGACUUUUUGACCAUGCUGCACACCUUGGAGGAGCUCUCUUUGGAAUGUGGUACGUGACUUAUGGCCACGAGCUCAUAUGGAAGAACAGAGAGCCACUGGUGAAAGCUUGGCAUGAAAUGAGGACAAAGAACACAGGAAAGGGAGGAGGUGGAAGAUCUAACUGAUUCUUAUCCUAGAGAUUCCUUGUGCCCAAGUGGUAUCUUACUUGAAGACGUGAGAUUGAAUUGGUUUUGAAGGUUUUUUUGCUACUCCACAUGAAGCCUCUAAGGAGCUGAAGUUUCCGAUGUAACAAAAUUAUGUUACAAAAAUUCAUAUCCAUAGAAAAUGAACUCUGACAAAGGUGGAACAAUAAAGGUUUUUAUUCUAUUGCUUUCUGAGGUAACAGUCUGCAUUACCUUUUUAAAGGCGGAAUAAAACAUGUUUUUCAAUUAA